UAUUUGAGACACAAAGAUGGACGACUACGAGAUGAUAAUUUUGCAAUGAUUUAGGAGAAGUAGUAAGCAAAAAUGCCGAUACAGGUGAAGGACUACGUUUGGGAGGAAACAGAUGAAACGGUUUUGAUUACUGUUCCUUUGAAAGGAGUGCCGUCAAAUCGAGUGGAUAUUUUUUCAAUUGAUGAUUAUAUCAAGGCUAGCUAUCCUCCGUAUAUCUUUGAAGUCUUCCUGUUCGGUGAAGUCGAAGAUACUAAGAGUAAGGCAACAUUUGGCAGUGGAGUUGUCAAGUUUCAAUUAUUAAAGAAGAGCUCAUCCAAAUGGAAUCAGUUACAUGCAUCAGAAUCAGAGGACAAAGAAUUCAUGAGAAAGAAACGAGAGGAAGCUGUUGGUAAGGCGCACGAGAGAGCUGAAAAAGAAAAGCAAAGAAAAGCAGCUGAGAAACGAGAACAAGAAAAAUUGGCACUUCAAGAACAGAUGAAGCUGGAACAGGAAGAAAGAGCUAGAAUAGAUGCCAUAAAGGAGGAAGAACGUAAAAAGGCAACUAAGGCCAUUGAAAGAUGGAAAGAAAAUCAAAAAUUGCAGCCUACAAGCAUAGAAGAAGAAAAAGUCACUUCGAACAGUAAUGUAAAUCAAUAUGAAGACACCAACAUGUCUGCAACAAAAGCUGACCUAGAGGUGGGAGAGUAUCAAGAGCCACUUCUAAAACCAGCUACAAAGAAAAUGGCUCCUUACAACAAAGAAAGGACAAAUGAAAAAAAGAAAGACUUCCUUGAAAAGGCAGUUCCAGAGCCAAGGGUAUCUGGCUCCAUUUCAGUGUCAUUCACUCCUCGUGUUUUCAAAACAGCUGCAAGAGAAUCCAAAGCACCAGAAGAAGAAGAGUGGCUGAAAAAGAUGGCUGGUGCAAGCCGAAAAACAGAUACUACCAACACUGAUGCUGUUGAUAUGGAAGAAAUGAACCCAGUGUGGUUAAAAGACAAAGGAAUUGGGUUUUACAAGGCUGGAAACUUUGUAGCGGCUAUCAAUGCAUUCACAGCAGCCAUCGUACUGGAUGACUCAAUACCAUCGUUAUACUCUAACCGUGCUGCAUGUCAUCUUCAAUUGAAACAGUACAAAGAGUGCAUUCAAGACUGUACAAGUUCACUAGAACUCCUUGUUCCUCCGGUUCCGGCCAAUUGUGCUUCCAGAUGUAAAGCGCAUGUCAGACGAGGGACCGCGUACAUGCAAUUACAAGAAUACGUGCUGGCUCUUCAAGACUAUGAAUCAGCCCUCAAGCUUGACCCUAAAAACGUAGACCUGAAGAACGACUCAGAGAGAAUAAGAAAGAUCAUUCAAGGCUCCACAUAGCUUCAGAAUAAAUUAUGUCAUCGAAUGAUGA